AUGGCGGACUCUCAAGAGGAAAAGCUUUAUACGGCAGAAUAUGCCAAAAGCGGCCGCGCUUCGUGCAAAAAAUGUAAAGAAAACAUCGCUAAAGACUCGCUGAGGAUGGCCAUCAUGGUGCAGGUAACACAGCGACGUCUUCCUAGACCUCAAUAGCAAGCUCUGUAAUAUAGCGGAAUUUCUGCGAGGUGUGGGACUUUAUUCGGCUUAUAUAGAGCAUCUUUUCAAGUUAUAUGACAAUAAGAAUAUACUUUAAUAAUUCGCAUUCAGUUGUGUUGCAUUAGGCCCCCGUUAGCAUUUAAAUGGCUGACGUCUGUGUCACAAAGAGCCGCUUUCUCUCAGUAAUGCAUCCCAUUAUCACAAUGUGGGUCUUAUUGACUCUCAAUUUCACAUCUUAACUCAUGAAAUUAUUUUAAAAAAUCGUUGUAAGCAUGUAUAAAUAAAAGAAUGAAUAAUGAAAGCAUGGCCACCAUCACAGUGUGGUGUCUGGUCUGAGCCCCACAGAGAGUUGAUCGACUAUUAGGCUGCUGAAUAUUUUUUUUCACCCACUCAUGGCAUUUGAAGCUGCUCCAGAUGUCUGAUCACUGCUCACUCAGAAGGCCCGUGGAUCUGAACAAGCCUGUAGCGUGGGCAUAAGCUGAAUACUUGAGUGCUUAUUUUGACUGUUAAAUGUGUGGGCGUGUCUUAUAAAGCAUUGUCGUGUCAUUCAAAGAGAAACUAAAGUUUAGCAUUAAACUAACACACUAACAGCGUUGUGUUAUGGCCUGAUGAGAAACCCAUACGUACUCCUAAAAUAGCUUUUGACUGGUCCAUGUGAAAUACUGAAAAAUAAUUUUUUAAAAUCUGUUUAUUGUCUCGCUUACCACAACCAUAGUACAAAAUAUUGAAUUAGGAUCUUUGUAUUUUUAUACUUGUGGUAUUCACUUCACUUCACUUCAACUUUAUUAUGUCCCAAAAAUGGGCAAAUGGGGUUGCAGCCGGCACAGACAUUUAAAACACUGCCAUACAUCAUAAAAAUAAAUAAAUAAAAUAAAAUACAUUGACAUAAAAAACAGUUCAGGAGGUAAAAAGUAUUAAAGAUGAUUUAGACGGUAAAAAGAAAAGCAUAUGUCAGUCGUAAUAAUAAUAAUAAUAGUAACUUUAUUUAUAAAGCACUUUUAAAAACAGAAGUUUACAAAGUGCUUUGACAACAGUUGCAGCACAUGAAAAUAAAAAACAAAUGAAAACAAAAGGUCAGUUAAAGACAAGGCCUCCGAAUUGAAGGCCAGUUUCAUUUUUCAUAAGAAACCCAGACAAUACAGGAACCCUACAACAUAAAAUGAGACCAUGAGGACCAAAAUAAAAACAUAAAAUAGGUAGGAAGAAGAAAUGAAAUAGAAAAGAGGGGCAGAGAGCAGGAAACAGGAUAGUAAGUAUAAAAGAGGAUAUUAAUAAUGAUAAUACAAUCAUAAUAAAAUAAUAAUGAUGGUAAUAUUAAUGAUAAAAUGGAAUAACAAAAAUGAGCAGGAAGAAACAUUAAAAUCAAUAAAGGACCUAAAAGGUAAAAUAAGAAAAGAUUAUUAGUAAAACAAAGGCUAAAAGGAUAGAAAGUCGAAAUAAGAAAAUGAGAUAAAAGAGAGAAAAAAAAGAGUCAUACCUGUACUUUUGCAUGAAGAUAAAAAUGAGAUAAAAGAUUAAAAAAAAGAUCAGAUAAAAAUGCAGAAACAAAGUGCAAUGUGCGGUUUGCUUACUUACAUAGGACCCAUAGAUGACGUUUGAUCCAUAAUAAUAAUAAUAGUAAUAUACACCAUAUUCUAUCAGAAACAGUUAUCUUCUCCUGGAGGAAUCAUUUAGGGCUCUGAUGGAGCCUGGGAUGAAGGAAUUGUUAUACCUGUUUUUUGUGGUUGUAGGAACUCGCAGUCAAUGGCCAGAGGGUAACAGAUUGUAUUCUGAGCUGAGAGGAUGGUCACUAUGAGAUCGAAUGGACACAGCUUUUUUAAGAACCUGCUUGUUAAAAAUAUGAUUCAGGCUAGUGAACUGCACGCCUGCAAUCUUACUUGCCACCUUGACGAUCCUGUCCAGGGCAUUUUUCUCUCUGGUCCCCAGGUUGCCGUUGCCAUACCAACAAAUAAUACAAAAGGAUAUGAGCAAUUAAAUAAAAGCAGAUUAAAACAAUGACAUCAGGGACUUAUCGAUUUGAAAUUUGGCAAGCUUUCUUAAACAAAAAAGUCGUUGCUGGCCGUUCUUGCACAGCACUUCGGUAUUACAUUUGAAUUUUAGCCUAUUGUUGAUCACAGUGCCAAGAUAUUUAUAGUUGGAUAUGAUUUCCACAGCCUCACCCUUAAGGCCUCACCUUAAAGGAUUGUUACCCACCAGCAGCCUCUGUAAACAUGCCAUACAAGUUGAACACCAUUUCUUUUAUCCUUUUGCCAUCAGUCCCCCAUGUUUGAUGGGAAGGUUCCCCACUGGCACCACUUCUCCUGCUUCUGGCAACGAGCAUCAGCCCAGUCCACUGGAGACAUAGCUGGGUUUUCUGACCUCCGCUGGGCGGACCAAGAGAAGGUCAAAAAGGCUAUCGAAAGUGGUGGAGCAACAGGAGGUAAGGACUAGACCUCUAGCUUUUCUCCCUCCCUGGUUAAAACAUCAUAUUUUUUACACACAGCAUGGAAUAAGGUUCAGUCUGACAUCUUAAAAAAUCUAAUUGGGGAAAUAACAUAAGAGGGAAACAAAACGAUCAAAAAUCAAGAAAAGCAUAACUAAACACUGUAAAAAUUUGGACACAUUUUUGAUACACGCGGUGACUGCCCAUGUUUUUCUUUAUUUAUUUAUUUAUUUAUUUUAGACUUUAUUUUGCAGUUUUUCACUAACAGACAUUCAACUUCCAAACAUAGACCACCUCCUCCAAAAAUGAAAAACUAAAAUAAACAGAAAAAUACAAAAACAAAAAUAGUCAGACAGUGACCUCUUCUCAUAUGUUCAGAAAAUUAAUCUUUUUAGGAUGUUAUAAAAUGGUUUUAACUAUCCAAUACAACUUUAGAUGCAUCAUUGAGAGGGAAAACCUUCUACAAAUUCUAUAAAGGGACUCUAGGUAAGGGUGAAGUGUCUGUGGGUUUUACAUAUUUUAAAUCUCAAUUUCUCUAAAGGUAGAAAAGAUAGAACAUCCCUUAACCAUUGUAGCAAUGAAGGGGCUGAGCUUGCUUUCCAGCUAAAAAGUAUGAGUCGGCUCGCACCUCCAGACUUUGCAGCCUGGAGACGUUACGCUGAAAAUGGCUGCGUGAUAGUCAGGUGUUUUAGUCUGACCACAAAUUUUGGUGAAUAUGUCGAAUAGCUGUCUCCAGUAGUCAUUGAGGGAUGUGCAUGAUCAAAACAUAUGUCCUGUUGUGGCAGGCACAAAGCUGCACCUCAGACAACCAGGAUCUGCGGUGGGAAAAAGUUUGAACAAUUUAUCCCUUGAAUAGUGCAGGCGAUUCAGCACUUUUAAUUGAAUUAAACUAUGCCCUUGGUUUUAUAAAAGUAUCUACACAUUUCUUAUGUUUUUUUGUAGAAUUUAUUCAAGUUCUUGAUUUUUACUUUCAGGAAAAGGGGAACAAAAGGGCGGUGCUAAGGGAGAGAAGACAUUGAAUGACUUUGCAGUUGAAUACGCAAAGUCGAAUCGCAGCACAUGUAAAGGCUGUGAGCAGAAAAUUGAAAAGGUAAGCAGCCUCCUGAGACUGUUAUUGUAACACAGCAACAAUAAUAAGUUUAGUUAAUACUAUCCGUUUGUUUAUGGUGCCUGAAUUGUCAUCCAGGUUUGAUCAGAUGUGUUUUUACGAGUGUCUUUGGAUAACACUUGUGAAAUGGAGCUAUAUGAAUAAAGAUCGAUGCUUGUUACUGAGACUGUCAUCCACCGGGGUCAUUUUUAGGAUCAGAUCCGUGUUUCCAAGAAAACUGUCGACCCUGAGAAGCCUCAGCUGGGUCUGAUCGACCGCUGGUACCACACGGCAUGUUUCGUCAGCCGCAGAGAGCAGCUCGUCUUCAAACCCGAGUACAGCGCCGCCCAGCUGAAGGGCUUCAAUGCACUGCGGGCAGAAGACAAAGAGGAGCUGAAGAAGAGACUCCCUGCAGUCAAAACUGAAGGGUGAGUGGAAGAAGAGAGGUUGAUGUUUUUCGUUUGUAUGAGUUGUGUGAUGAAAAUUUUAGGUACUCCAUAGCCAAAGGGUUUAAACAUACUGUGAAGAGAACUAAUGAAGAGACUACAUCUGAUCAGAAUUAGAGGGUGAGAUGAAGAUGGACAGUUUAAAUUGUUUUUGUGUGGCAAGGAUCACCAGCACAGCGUUGCACUGUGUCAUCAGGACCUGGUAGUGGAGGAGCAUGAAGAUUGCAAUAUAUCGCUCCACUGCCACUGCUAACAAGCUGAAGUUGGUGACAAUUGAUAACUUGCGGUUGAAGACCACCAGAUACCAGACUAGGUGGAGAGGAAGACAUUGACAAGCCAGCGGAUGUUUUUCUCAUUCUUUAGUGUGUAGAAUAAAAAGCUGCUGCUGCUGCUGCUGGAUGGGUCAUUAACAGAAACAUGCACUGGUGUGGGUCUCAUAGGAAGGAAAAUAAUUAUUUCUUAUCAGGACAGAAUGAGUGAUAUCAAAGUCCACACCUGGGACCAUGGAGACAUGUCCGUGCAUGCAGUGUUUGUUGUGUCCACAAACUGAUGGGACUCUAAUAAAACAGCCUAAUGAGCGCAGGUGUCAUUUCCGAGGAAUUCCCUCUCGGCCUCAUUUGAAAAGCUCAUUGAAAGGUUUCCUCUUCUCGUGUCUAAUUAACACUGAAUUAUUAAGAAAAACAAAAGUUUGAAAACCAAAUGUGGAUUUCAAACUUCGUUCUACUUUUUUCAGAAAGCGUAAAGCUGAUGAGGUGGAUGGAGUGUCAAAGAAACAGAAGAAGGAGGAAGAAGAUGAAAAGAAGAAGCUGGAGGAGCAGUUAAAGGUAUCGUUUCCCUUUAUUUAAGAGUUGAUCUCACCUUGUUUUUGAUAAUACAUGUUUUCAACAAGUUGAAUUGUCUUUUGUGUUUCUGUAGAACCAAAGCCAGCUGAUCUGGGGAAUUAAAGACAAACUGAAGAAGUUUUGUUCGAUCAACGAUAUGAAGGAGCUGCUGAUCGCAAACAGCCAGGAGGUCCCCUCUGGAGAGUCUAAUGUAAAUAUUUACUUUGAUUUAUUCCCAAAGAACAGCCAUGAAAACAGUCCUCCCAGUCUUUUUAUGACUUUUGCUGUAAACAUAGAUGUUGACCUCUCUUGUUUAAAUGAUAUCAUCUUGGUUAAUUGGGUAAGAGAUUUACAACCUGAAUUACCAAGAAGUCUGGACCCAGACCCGGUGUAAACUGUUAAUUAAAACUAAAUGAUUCUUUGCAAAUCAUUUAAGCUCCAUAUUUACAAGCAAUAAAAAAGCCCAGAGCGGUUUCUAGAUCAUGUUUAUAUAUGGCAACCUCUUUGCUUGGUGCAGCUUAAACAGACAUUUAUAAUUGCACUGGCAAAAUGUGUUCAGAUAUAAUGGUUUCUGGAAGUCAUUUAAAGCCUAUACAGUGAUUUCCACUUAAAAGACAAGCAUGUUUUUUAAUAUAGUGCUGCCUGAGGAAUGUCCCGUAUUGUUGUUUUUCCAGCUUGUGCUUUUGUACACAGGUUUCUUCUGAUUCUUUGAAUCUCUUCAUAUUAUCUGUCACUGUAGAUCGUGGAAUUUUGGCAACUCUUUACUUGACGCCUAUCUCUAUAACGCAUUAUAACUAUAUGUAGAAUGCGUUAUAAUCAUGUUAUAGCACUGUAUAACUAUAGUUAUAAACACUCAUAAAUGAUCAGUGCUUUAUAGCAAUAAUCAUAACACUUUAAAAGCGUUUUAUCAUGACUUACAAGUUCAGCUAUUAUAAUGUGUUGUGAUUAUUGUUAUAAAGCCUUGUGAUAAUUAAUGAAUGUUUAUAAUGAUAGUUAUGCAGGUUUAAAAGCAUAUUGUAACACAUCAUAAAUAUAUGUAUGAUGCAUUAUCUAUGUGGGCAUUGUCAGUGAUUUUUUAACAGUUAUAACACAUUAUAAUACCUGACCUUGUAAAUUAUGAUGAAAUGCUUUAUAAUGUGUUAUGAUUGUUUCUAUAAAGCAUUAUGAUCAUUUAUGAGUGUUUAUAACUAUUUGUUUAUAACUAGCCUUACAGAUAAUGAAAUGUAGACCAUGUGGCAGCAGUAGCUCAGGGGGUAGAGUGGUCGUCCAAUAACUGGAAGGUUGGCGGUUCGAUUCCCCCCUAUCCCUAGUCGGUCCGUUGUGUCCUUGGGCAAGACACUUAACCCACCUUGCUCCCAGUGUGUGUCCUCCACUGGUGUAUGAUUGUGAGUGUUGUGUGGUGGUGGUCGGAGAGGCCGUAGGCGCAAAAUGGCAGCCACGUUUCCGUCAGUCUGCCCCAGGGCAGCUGUGACUACUAAGGUAGUUUACCAUCACCAAUGUGUGACUGUGUGAGCGAAUGAAUGAUGUAUCCAAUGUAAAGCACUUUGAGGGGCUCUGAUAAAGCGCGAUAUGAAAAUCUGAUGUUGUUACCAGCGAAGUAAGAUCAAAGCAAUAAAAUGACUAUGACUAUUUACAUUGAUGGUUUAUUUCUAUCAGUGUGAAUAACCCAUCUUGCAAAGAUCUGCAAAGUUGUCAAAAAUUGAACUAGUACAUGUAAAGGUAGAUCAAAUACAAAAACUUUUGGCGAUGCUGUUGUUGCACCAUGAUGCAGUAAAUGUGUCGGUAUACCCAUAGGUGGUGGACUGCCUGGCCGAUGGAAUGGCUUUUGGCGCCCUGGAGGCCUGCAAGGAGUGCAUGGGUCAGCUGGUGUUCAAGGGUGACGCUUAUUACUGCACAGGGGACAUCUCAGCAUGGACAAAGUGUGUUUUCAAAACCGCAACACCUGUACGCAGAGACUGGGUCAUUCCCAAGGUAGGUCACCUCAUUUCUGGACCCCCUGUGGUUCUUUAUAUCUGGUAUAGCAGUACAUCCUGUAUCCUGUGGGCAGGAUUCAGAACAGAUUCAUGAACAGAUUUUCUUCUAGUUAGUGACUGAGAUGAGGUAUAAAAUUCAGAUAUCUGCUGGUGUUGUUUACUUACUUAACUGUAUCUAAACUAUAAAUAUAAUGUCCUCUUUUUUGUUUUUAUUGCACCACCAUGGUUUCAGGAAUUCCAUGAACUCCCUUUCUUGAAAAAGUUCAAGUUUAAGCGUCAGGACAGAUUUUACCCGAAAGAAGCUCCCUCCCAAACUCUUACAGCAGCCAAAGCUGAACCUCUGGCUAGUGCAUCCCGACCACCGUUGGAGAGACUGCCAGAAGGCGCACCUGCAGGUGAGUGAAAGAGGCCGAAGGAAAACAUCAAAACUCAAGAGUUACUUGAAUAUUUAACCAUCUAAAAAGACAGUUUCAACAAACAGAAGACAACAUAAAACUGCUGCAGCAAGUGGGAUUUUAGUACCAAAAACAAAACAUUCCAAAAGCAUAGUGUGAUUUUUAUGUUUUUUUUGUAUUUAUUUGCAACUUUGUCUCAUAGACAAACCUCUCACUGGGAUGAAGUUUUUGGCUGUGGGUAAGCUGGUCAAGAACAAAGAUGAGUUAAAGGCAGCCGUAGAGGAGCUGGGAGGAAAGAUCACAGGCACGGCCAGUAAGGCCUCCCUCUGCCUCAGCACCAAGAGUGAGUGACCUAUCAAAUCUUUGUGUCAUUGGGUUGAUUAAUUAGCCAUAAACUCAUCAAUGGUUUCUUUAUUUUGCAUGUUCCAUUAUUACAGAGGAGGUGGAGAAGAUGUGCAAGAAAAUGGAAGAAGCGAGGGAUGCCGGAGUGCGGGUGGUCUCUGAGGAUUUCCUCACAGACAUCAAGUCGUCCGGUAAAGCCCUCCAGGAGCUGGUCUCCCUGCAUGCCAUCUCACCCUGGGGUGCAGAGGUCAAAGUGGAGGCCCCGGCUCCGUCUGCGGCCUCCAAGUCUGGAGCAAUGGCGACUAAAAGCACAGGAAAGGUGAAGGAGGAGGAAGGUAAAGGGUGGUUUUCUGCUUUUACUAAAAAAUUGAGAACAGGGUCUUGUGUUAAAGCAUGGACUCCUGUGCUUUAUGUGUGUGUGUGUGCAGUAGUUAUAAACUUUCACAUUUGUGCUAAAACAGGCGGCAGCAAAAGCAAGAAGAUGAAACUGACGGUCAAAGGGGGAGCUGCUGUGGAUCCUGAUUCAGGUAGUUGUUAGACCCCUUGUAUAAAAAACAUCUCUUCCUCCUUCCUGGCCUUAGAUUUUUCUCUUUCAAUGUUGGCUUGUGUCUUUUUCCUUAGGUCUGGAGAAUAGUGCUCAUGUCCUGGAGCAGAGUGGAAAGAUGUAUAGCGCCACACUGGGUCUUGUGGACAUCGUCAGAGGAACGAACUCCUACUACAAGCUGCAGCUGCUGGAGGAUGACGUACAGAAACGGUAGGUAUCAAUGCACCAGCAGUAUCUCAUCUCCUUUCUUUGUAGUGAAAAUGGUCUGUGAGAAUGUUCUUUUUUUAAUCAUGUUAUUUCUGUGCAGGUACUGGGUGUUCAGGUCAUGGGGUAGAGUGGGCACCACCAUUGGAGGCAACAAGCUGGACAAGUUUCACGACAAGAACUCAGCUCUGGACAACUUUCUGAGUGUUUACAAAGAGAAGACGGGCAACGAGUGGGGUACAACCAACUUCACCAAAUAUCCCAAUAAGUUCUACCCUCUGGAGAUCGACUAUGGACAGGUAAGCACACACAAAUACGAGCACAAAAGGGGAAAGUUUAUCGUAUUUUUUUCUGCAUCAAAGUUUUACUUUUUAUCCAACAUUUCUUAACAGGAUGAGGAAGCAGUGAAGAGACUGACAGCCACUGCUGGCACCAAGUCGAAGUUAGCCAAACCUGUCCAGGAGCUGAUCAAGACCAUCUUUGAUGUCGAGAGCAUGAAGAAAGCCAUGGUGGAGUUUGAGGUAAGGCGCAGCUGUGUGCACAGUGGCUGCUGUUCUUCAUGAAUUUUUAGGCUUGAGUGUGUAGUGUACAGUGUAUACACCACACACGUCCGCUCCUUGAUGCAGUUGAAAGUAAAACCGUGGGUUUUGUGUAGUUACCCCUGGAUUUAAAUGACCAAUAGUAAAGUUGCAUUGCUCUGAGUGUGAAAUCUGUGUGUAUGCUUGCCCUUUUUUUUGCAUAGGAGGGUAAAGCAGAAUUAUGACAUCUAUCCUUGAGUUGCCAACAAUGAGAAAUUAUAUUUUUAAUUGGAGAAUUAGCUUCUUUAAAGUCUUAACCUUUUUUCAUUCAACAUGCAAAAACAGUAUCUCCCCAAAAACCCUUUCUUUUUUUGCCAGGGAAUCAGUGCAGCGUGGAAGAAAAUUCAAACCCUUCUUGCACUUUUUCAGUUUAGACGUUUCCUAUGACAGAGUGUAAGGGCCGCUUUAUUAGCAUAAGACUUAAGGCGCAUUCAUUCCAGGACUGUUUGGUUCGUUCCAAAAGGACCAUGGUCCCCUUACUCCUUUGGUCUGGGGGGUAUGAACGCGCAAGCAAACCCUGGUCUUCAUCAAACAAACGGACUAUGGUCCUCUUGAAAAUGCAGGACUCUGUCCCCUUCCAAACGAACCAUGGUCCAGUCUGCGGCUGGUGUGAACGCAGCGCUGAUGCAGCCGGACUUUUUAGAUGUCAAUAUGAUCCAAUAACACAUUUACACUGUAAUAAAGCCGGGAAGUUAUGUCCGGCCGGGGGCUGCAGCAGACGGAGAACAGCCGGUCAAAACACCGGACAGUCUGUUAAACUGGAUGACUGGCAGAGGGUUUGUGUACUAAUACAAUAGUGGGGUGAUAUUAAGUACCUGGGUGUUCUUCUGUUCAACAAACAUGCUGACAAUUUGUUCGAGGCAUUCCUUUGCGUUAAUGCUUGACGUCUCCUUGAACAACGUCUCUGCCACCUCUGGUGAGUCGUGUAAAGAAAGACGCUUAUUGUUCUCUCUGGUCUGCUACUUUCUGUGCGUUGUGGGACAAUGAAGAUGAGCGGGUGACAGCCAGUGAUUUUCCCUCUUUUUUUUAACCAUUUGGUUCGUUUAGCUGAAGUCCCAUGUGAACGCUAACCGGACCAAAUGCAAAAUGCAACAAUGUAAACAUUUGGUCCCUGGCCCAAACCUUCUAAGGGGAUUUUGGAUGUGAAAGGCCCCUAAGAUAAGGAUUAAGUUUCAAGAACAAACACACAAAUAUACAAAGGGCAAGGGGAAGAUCUAAAGAGCAGCCAGCUGUCAGGAGUAAUAAGAGGAACUUGAAGCAUCUUGUUGUGUUACACACGAUAAUGUAUUUUCCAAAAUAACUGAAUACUCAGACUUUAAGCACAUCAGCACACAUUUAUUCUUAUAAUAAAUAACUUUUAUCUCAAAAUAUCAACAUUUUUUUUUUUGUUGUGCUCCAUGUGUAAUUUCCAUAUGUAGCACAAUGUUAAAGUGUGGAGGUAGGUCUUGCCAUGAAAGUUGGAAUGCAGAUCUAAAUAUUGUGUUUGCUGUGAAGAGAGUGCAUUGUGCCCUUCAAUUUGAUGCAUACUGGAGGCAAAUUAGAAUUUAUAUGAUAACCAGUGUGUGUGUGUGUGUGUGUACUUAGUUCCUCUGUGAGUCUCUUAAACUCUCUCCUCUCCUCAGAUUGACCUCCAGAAGAUGCCCCUUGGAAAGCUGAGUAAAAGGCAGAUCCAAAGCGCAUAUGCUCUUCUCACUGAAGUACAGCAGGUCAGUCACCUACAAUCCUUCCUCCUGACUCAUGAGUGGCUUUCUUGAAAGACUCUGGCAGUUCACAUAAACAUACUCUCCACCAUCACUUUCUUCCUUUCAAUUUGGUAAUCAUAGAGUGAUACAGCUCUUCUAAACAUGUUGGUGGAUCAGAUAUUAGCCACAUCACUUUUCCUCUGUGUCUGAAUAACUCUGACUCCCCUUUUAUCACAGGCUGUAUCAGAUUGUUUACCCGAGGCUCAGAUUCUCGAUCUCUCCAACCGCUUCUACACUCUGAUACCUCACGACUUCGGCAUGAAGAAACCCCCACUGCUCAGCAACCUGGACUAUAUUCAAGUAAGAAUACCUUAUACCAUAUUUUCUAGUUUUCUAUUGUUGAAUGAAUUGUCUUCAACAUCUACAAACAUUUCUGCUCAGGCUAAAGUGCAGAUGUUGGACAACCUGCUGGAUAUUGAAGUGGCAUACAGCCUGCUGAGAGGAGGGGCUCAGGACAAUGACAACGACCCCAUCGACAUCAACUAUGAGAAACUCAAAACCAAGAUUGAGGUAUGGGGUGUCUCUCUGUGUUUCCAUAGUGUUUCCAUGGAAUAAUUUCUCCCUUUUCGCUCCAAAAUGCUUUAUAUUUGUUUUUCAACAGGUUGUUGACAAGACUACUGAUGAGGCUAAGAUCAUUAUGCAAUAUGUUAAGAACACCCACGCUGCUACGCACAACACUUACACACUGGAAGUGCAAGAAGUGAGUCCUCUUCUUUGUUAAAAAUGUUAUCAUAAGACAGCUCACGUGUCCCCGGUACUGAGCAAGAAUCGCCUUCUCACCUGGUCAUAUGGUUUCUCUCCUCCUUUAGAUCUUCAAAAUUGUUCGAGAGGGAGAGCAUCAACGUUAUCGUCCCUUCGAAGAGCUACACAAUCGCCAGCUGCUGUGGCACGGCUCUCGUACCACUAACUACGCUGGUAUUUUGUCUCAGGGUCUCCGCAUUGCUCCUCCAGAAGCCCCAGUGGUGAGUAUAAAUGUUUUGAUGAAUUUAAGUUGUAAGACCUUCAAUCUCUCAAAGACUGUAUCUUCUGUGAUUUCUGUAGAUCUGUUUUUAUCUGUUGGUGAUUCUACUGCUGUUUUACCUCUUUUUCUAGACUGGUUACAUGUUCGGCAAAGGUGUGUACUUUGCAGACAUGGUGUCCAAGAGUGCAAACUACUGUCACACCUCCCAGUCAGACCCUGUCGGACUCCUGCUGCUGGCUGAGGUUGCUCUUGGCAACAUGUGAGUGACAAUUUUUGUUUUUGAUAUCAAAAGACAGUUCAACCACCUUUACUUGUGCCCAAGAAAUAAGUGAAGAUAAUGUUUGUUUGACCUUUUUUUCUGUAGGCAUGAACUGAAGAAAGCCUCCCACAUUACUAAACUACCCAAGGGCAAGCACAGUGUUAAAGGUGAGAAGAGGUUCUCUGAUUUUAUAAUGAGGACUUAAAAAGAAGUUGAAUUGGAGUACCAGUUUAGCUCAGGAGUUAGCUCAUAUGUACAUCGUUUGUCGAAGACAGGAGGAACAUGGAAUACUGCUUUAAAAUCAUAAACAGACCGCCCACUUUGAUGUCUGUAGACCCUGAGUAGAUGUUUGUUUUUGGGUCCUGCAUCAGACUUGUUUAUUCUCUUGUUCAUCAAUGUUUCUUUCCUUUCAGGUUUGGGUAGGACUGCUCCUGAUCCUGGUGCCACAUACAAUCUAGAAGGCGUGCAAGUGCCUCUGGGCAAAGGAGUCCACACUAACAUAGAUGACACGAGUCUGCUAUACAACGAGUAUCCUUUAAUGCUGAUGACUCUGCAGCAUAUAUGUUUCGUCUUAAAAUUGAUAACUUCACAGGCUGUUAAAAACAUCAAGCACUUAGCAUACUGUUUCUAGAAUGCAUACUCUUUUGCAAAGCUCAGAAGGCAGGACAUUUUUACUACAAAAAUAUUGAUACUGUCCUUUAGAUCAUAUGUUUCUAUAUUUCAUUUCUGCACUUGAAAAAAUUUGAAUUCCUAAUUAGGCCUGUUCUUGGUGUUAUCCAUUUCGUGUCUGUCUUCUUUAACCACUUCUUCUCCAGAUACAUUGUGUAUGAUGUAGCCCAGAUCAACAUGAAGUAUCUCCUGAAGAUCAAAUUUAACUACCAAACAUCCCUGUGGUGA